ACCCGGGGUCCGCGGGUUCGAGUCCCGCGGCCGCACUUCAGGCCCCGCGGGUUGCGAACGGCCUCGGGACCAACGGGACAUGAACGUUAUUAACGUCGGGAGCAACCGGACGCAUCACGGUCCAGCGGCGCCGUCCCGGCUGGGCGCAUCCCGCUUCCAAGCCCCGUUGCCACGACGUAGCAAGCGUUGCUACGGCAACGGCCCUGCGUGCUGACGCGGCACGUUGCCGCCGCCUUACGUAGCGGCGGGCGCCGGGGAUGCCCAAGUCGUGCCGCGCUCCCCGGUGCUCCAAUGCGGCGGGACAGGCGCGGACGGCGGCGAGAGGCGUCAGCUUCUACCGGUUCCCGCUGCAGGACGCGCCGCGCCUGCGGCAAUGGCUGGAGCGGAUGGGGCAGGAGAACUGGGUGCCCACCCGGCACCAGCACCUCUGCAGCGACCACUUCGAGCCCUCCUGCUUCCAGUACCGCUGGGGUGUGCGGUACCUGCGCCCCGAUGCCGUGCCCACCAUCUUCCCCUGCGCCCCCCCGCGCCCUUCCAGCACCACCCGGCCUGAGGAGCCCCUCGCAGCGAGCGGCGCGGAGCCGGUGCCACCGCAUCAGCCCCUUGUCCCUGCGGAGCCUGCUCCAGCGCCGCAGCCCGAGGAGCACCCGGCGGCCCCCGGUGGCCCCGCGGUGGUGGCCCCGGUGGAGCUGAGCACCCAGGAGCUGGUGGCCGUGGCGCUGGUGCUGCAGAGGAAGGUGAAGGUGCUGCAGCAGCGGCACCGGCGCCACCGCGCCCGCCUGGAGGCCAUGGAGGGCUUGGUGGAGCGGCUGCGCCGCGAGGACAGGCCCGGGGGGGGCCCCCCAAUGUCCUGCCCUAUGGUGUCCCCGCAGGGCCCCCCAGUGUCCUGCCUGCAGCCGGAGCUGCCGCCUCCCGCUGCCGUCACCAUCAUCUGUGGGGAGGAGGAGGAGGAGCCCUUGGUCUACGCGGUGCCACCACCGGUGGGGACAACGUGUGGCCUCAGCCCGGAGCAGCCCUGACCCCCCCCGGGACAUUGGGGGGGGGGGUGGCCCUUUGGGGUGUCACCGUCCCCCCCCCCCUUGGUGCCCCCCAUUGGGGGGACGCUGGUGCUCUGUGGGGAUGGGGAUGUCCCCUCCCUCUGGCUUUAAUAAAGGAUGAAGGAGGCGAGGGGCUGAGGGUGGCCUUGGGGACACUGGUGUCACCUCCCCUAUAGACCCUCAGUGGGGCUGGCUCCAGGGGGGCUGUGGCACUAUAGGUGCCCGAGGUGUUCUGCAGCUCCUAUGGGCUCCAAUGUCCUUCUCCAGCCCCCGUGGGGCAGCUCCCCAUGGGCCCCUGGGGCCUGCGCCAGCUCCUAUAGGCUCCCUAUAGCCCCCAUGGCCCCCGGCCCCUAUAGCCUCAUGCCCCAUGUCUGCUAUA